AUGUUUGUGUUAUACGCCUUCAUCCUUGUAUUGUCAGCAUACUGGAUAUUCAAAAGAUCUAAAUCUCGAGUAAAGAAAGUACCCGGACCAAAAGGUCUUCCAAUCGUAGGGAAAGGUCUGGAGUUUAAUUCAAGUAAUUUACUCCAGAAGUUUGAUGAACUGGCGAAAGAAUAUGGAGACUUUUUUCUGGUGAAUCUGUUUGGUAUCGAUCACUUGAUUUUAAACUCGGAGAAGGUUAUGAGAGAAGUUAUCACGGAUAAGCAUCUAAGAGUCUUUACAAACGACCGUGGCCCGACCUUUUGGGGCGAGUAUGGUUAUUAUGGCAGCCAGAGUGUUGCCUUUUACCCAGAAGGUUACAGCCAUGUACACAGCAAGAUGAGAAAACACAUGGUGAAAGGGUUACAUUAUUACGGAGAAGAUGGACGAGACAUUUUCGAGAGAAACGUGUUCUCUGAGCUUGGAAAUCUAACUCAGAAGAUCGAACGGAUAAGGUUGAGCGGUGAGGAGGCUGAUAUGAUGGCACUCAUUCAAAGGUCGGUGUCGAAUGUCGUCUCUAUUGCAUUAUCUGGCGAGGCGAUACCAGAAGGGGACAAAGAUGAGGACAUGUUCUGGAAAAUCAUUGACACAAAUAGCUACUUCUUAGCCAAUGCUCGAAACGCCCUUCUAACCGCCCUUCCUGUCCUCCGCUUCCUGCCCGGACCGUACAGUCGCAUGUGGCAGCGUCUUAACGACGGCAAGGCAAAAAUCAUCAAAAACUACUAUGUAUCCCAAAAGAAGACACACAUUCCUGGAAAACCACGUGGAAUCUGCGACACAUUGUUUGACGCUCAGGAGGCGGAGAAGGCGGACGGUGACGUGGUGCUGACUGAUGAACGAGUUAUAUCUAACAUAUUAGAAGUGGUCAUAGCAGGAAUCAUCACGACUUGGUCACUUCUCAGUUCCACCAUGUUCCUCCUUCUCCACCACCCGGAGUUCCAAGACCGCCUGGCCAAGGAACUGCAGGCAGUUGCGAAACAGGGCGAAGAAAUCACAAGUAGGGAUAAAGUUAAGUGCCCCCUCAUAGAAGCUCUGGAGUUAGAGACCCACCGUUUGCUGCUCGUUAACCCUACACUAGUAGCCCGAUUGUCCAGUAAGGAUGUAAAAUAUAAAGGGUAUACCAUAAAGGAAGGAACAAUUAUAAUUUCGAACGUGUGGAAACUUCAUCAUGACGAAAAGCUUUGGGGAGAUCCCUGGAAAUUUCGACCGGAACGUUUCUUGGACGAGAAUGGUCAACUGGUAUCCCGUGACCACCCGUAUAGAACAAGUUGGAUGCCAUUCGGAAUUGGCAAGCGCUCUUGUCCAGGGGAACCGUUUGCUCGCGCUCGCUAUUUCCUGUUCGUGGCCACCCUGCUACGCAACUGGAGAUUCUGUCCUUCCAAGGACCAGCCACUGCGGGACUAUGAUCCUCGACACCUGGAGAAUUUCGACCUUGAAUUCUCAAUCCGGCCCAAACCUUACCUGUGUCGCAUUGAGAAAAGAGAAUGGAAUUAA